AUGUGGAUAAAACGAGCAAUUUCUUUUUUAAAUGAUAGACAUGCGAGUGAGUUGGAAAUAGUGGUGUUCAGUGAUGUGAAUUCUUUGAUUUUCCAAGAAAAUCCUUUUGCGUUGAUUAUUUAUUCCCUCAUUGAACUGUUUUACUCAUUGGUAUCUUUUAUCUUUCUUUCUUUCUUCUUUCUUUCUUUCUUUCUUUUUCUUUCUUUCUUUCUUUCUUUCUUUCUUUAUUUUUCUUUCUUUCUUGCUAAUAUUUUAUCUAUCUCUAUUUCUUUCUUUCUUAAUACUAUUUUUAUCUUUCUUUUUUCUUUCUACUCUUUUUAUCUUUCUCUAUUUCUUUCAUUCUUUCAUUCUUACUUUCUCAUGUUUUUCUGUGUUACAAAGUUUCUUUCUAUUUUUCCCCCUCCCUUUACUUUCCUCUCUCUUUUUUUCCCCCAUUUCUCUCACUUUCUAUUCUUCUUUUUCUCUAUCAAUCAUUUUAAAAAAAUUUCUUCAUCUUCUUGUUAUCAUUAUUUUCUCUCAUUCAGUUUUCGGAUACUCCACGAAUCUUUCUUUUUGUUUUUUAAACAUUCCAUCAUUGUUUUUGUUCUCACACUCGACUUACAACCAAUAUGGCUGAAACAUUCAAUAAUGGCCGCCUGGUCGAUUGUUUCUCUCAUUAAAAUGACGAUAGUAAGAUGCAAUAUUCAACACGAUGAUAAUGAUGAUGAUACCGUCCGGCUGGUCUCCGGAUCAAAUAUAUCUCUUUCUUUCUUUCUUUCUUUCUUUCUUUCUUUCUUUCUUUCUUUCUUUCCUUUUUAUCCGCUUUAUUUAUUUUGCAGUUGCUUUCUUUGUUUUUGUUUUUCUUUCAUUGUGUCUUUCUUUCAUGCUUUUUGUAUUUUUCCUUUCUUUCUAUUUUCUUUCUUUCUUUCGAUCAGAUUGCUGCUUCGAUAUUUCUUUUCGAAAUUCAUUAUUAAGCCUUUAUCUUAA